GACGGUGGUAUUAUUCAACUCCUUCGCUGUUUGUCUAGAUCUGUAUUUUUUUUAUAACUUAUUUUAGCAAUAAAAUUAAUUUAAUUUAUUUUACCGGAGAGGGAGGGAAAAAAAAAAAAGAAGAAGAUAUGGUAGGCGGACGCGGCGGAGCUGGUGGUUGUGGUAAUAGAGCGGUGGCGGAUCGAUGGCUUGUUACAUCGGAGAAGCUUCUAGCGUCUAGUGAUCUUCAAGGAGCGAAGACAUUUGCGAUCCGCGCAUGCGAAGCUGACCCGACACGAGCAGAAGCUGCUGACUACAUCCUCGCAAUCUGCGACGUUCUUCUCGCCGGAGAAACCCGUUUAGGUCAUUCCAACUUGCCUGACUGGUACGCCGUGCUCCGACUCGGUCGUUUAGCUCAAAACUCUGAACACGUCGCCACUCAGUACCGUAGACUCGCUCUCCUCCUCAACCCUUCCGUAAAUCGCCUCCCUUUCGCCGAUCGGGCUUUCAAAACCGUCUCUGAUGCUUGGUUCGUUCUCUCUGAUCCGUCUAAGAAGUCAUUGUACGACCGAGAAUUGCAACUGAGUCAACUCGGCCAAUCUGGUUUCAAUCCCCAAACCCAACAAUUUCAGUGGAACCCUAGCAAUUGCACCAACGCAGCACAAGAGCAGCCUUCUUCUGAUCCUAUGGCCACGAGCUUCUGGACCGCUUGCCCUUACUGCUUUGUGCUCUUUGAGUACCCUAAGGCUUACGAGGAAUGCACUUUGAAAUGUCAAGAGUGUAGAAGAGCGUUUCAAGCUGUGACGAUACCAAAACCUCCGGUGGAUGGGAAAGACGACGAAGAUGUUUACUUUUGCUCAUGGGCUUUGUUUCCAUUAGGGUUUUCCGGUGAAUUUAAAGCCCCGAGUUGGUCACCUAUUUCACCUCUCUUUGCUUGCCCUCUAACACUGAAGAAGAGAAAGGAACCGGCUCCUCCUAGGAUUUAUUAUGACGAUGAUGACAUAUAUGUUGCGAUUUCGGAUGAAGAUGGCGCUGGUAAUGAUGAUGAUGAUGAUGGUGAUUGGCAAAAUGGGGCACAAGUGAAUAAGAAGGCGAAUGUUGGGAAAGGGAAAGAAACAUUGGUGAGAAGUGACAAGAGACAUGGAGUUGAGAAAGUCCAAAAUGUAGAAACUAUCCGUAGUGCUAGCAAUCCCGCCUCUUCAUUUGCUGGGGCUGUUGGUUCCUCAUCUGGGGUUAUGUCUAAACCAGUGAAUUACAUUACUAGAAAACGAAUGGGGGGAACAGGAGCUAAGAACCUGGGGAGGUUGGAUUUGAAUGUGGAGUUCAGUAAUGAAGUGGAAGAGCCUGCUGUGGCAGGUGGUAGAAACGAAGCCAAUGGGGUGGGAAGUAACAAGGAGGUAGAUAAUAUGGAAGGGAUUGGGUUCUUUGAGGGGCUUGAUGAAUUCUUGAAUAGUUUGCCCAUACUUUCUGUUGUUGGAGAUGAUAAGAUCAAGGCUACUUAGUGAAUGGAAAUACUGGCAUUUUGAUUCCUUGGAAUCACUGUAGUUGGAAUCUGUUGAUGUUAUUUUGGCCCAAAUUCGGAUGUUUGCUUCCCUUUCUGGUAUAUAAUUUUCUGCUUCUGAGUUCUGACU